AUGUCAGCUAUUGUAUCAAAAGCAUCGAAUAUAUUAACUUCAAUAGUUAAUAAAUCUACUGGAUUAUUAAAUUCAACUAUUUAUUGGGCUAAAGUUGGUGGUGAAUUAUCAAAAGCAAUUUAUAAACAUGAAAAAUUAUCACCACCAUCAUUUAAAGAAUUUGAAUCAGUAUAUCAACAAGCUUUAAAAUUAAUAAAAUCACCAAAAGAUCAAGAAAAAUUAUUUCAACAAUUAAAACAAUAUAAGCCAACUCAGCAACAUUUAGUUCAAGUUGGUGUUUAUGGUAUUCAAUUAGCUGCAUUUUUUUCAGUUGGUGAAAUUAUUGGUAGAAGACAAAUUGUUGGUUAUCCAAAACCAUCACAUCAUUAG